CUGGGGAAUUUCUGCAACACAAGUAUUGAAAUUGGCUUCUUUAUGAAAUGACAAUUUCUUAAAUCUUCUCAUACCCUUUAACUCUUACUGAUGUUCGUAUAUACUUUAUGUUUCUUUUAUAGUUUGCAACAUAACACAUUUAUUUGUCUGAAAAUUGUUUUAGUUAACCCGUUUCAAUUGCUUUAGAUUGCGACGAAAACACAUACGGCCAUUUAUCUAUUUAGCGUGCAAGGUAUCCAUGCCAUAUUAUUAGAUUACGGUAAACGUUUUUGUAUUUUGCCAGUAUCUUUAGGUAUGUUCCACUUUACACAUGUAAAGAAUAUUCUCUCAUAUCAAACCGCAGCCUGUGACAAUAACACGUAUGGCCAGAACUGUGCCAAGCAAUGUAGCGAUCACUGUUCUGGACCUUGUAACAAUAUUGACGGAACCUGCACUACAUGUGAAACUGGAUUUGAGGGGCGAUUUUGCAGCGAAUCCUGUGCAAAGACAAAGUGGGGAAUGAACUGUAACGAAACCUGUGGCCAGUGUGCUACUGAAGAAUGCAACUCUUACAACGGCUCCUGUGAAAUGGGAUGUAAAGCUGGUUACCAGCUUAACACUUGUACCGAAACUUGUGACCAUCGGUCAUUCGGUGUGAACUGCAGUGGUACAUGCAAUUUAACUUGCAAAGGUCCCUGUAACAAGACUAAUGGCCUGUGUCUGGACUGUCAAAGCGGAUGGAAUGGUUCUUACUGUGACAAAGAGUGUCUAGGCGGUUACUACGGUUCACGCUGCAUACAAGGUUGUGGAUACUGUUUGAAUGGGUCCUGUGACAGAGUGUCGGGCAAUUGUUCGGGAGGCUGCAAACAAGGAUAUCAAGAUACGCCACAAUGUUUUGAUGAGUGUCCCAAUGGUACAUUCGGUUUGAAUUGCUCUAUAAAGUGCAGUGAGCAUUGUGAACGUACAUGUGACCGUGUUGAUGGCCAUUGCUCAUGUCAAAAGGGAUACCAACUGCCAGUUUGCAUCAAUGAAUGUGAGCUGGGAACAUGGGAAAAAAACUGCAGCCAAACGUGUGGAGGUUGCCUUUCUGAAAACUGCAGCAAGACCACUGGCCAUUGCAUGAGUGGAUGUAAACCUGGUUACAAAAUAGCACUGAAGUGCAUAGAAAAAUGUGACGCUGGUAAAUUUGGUUACAAUUGCCCCGGAACAUGUAGCAAAAACUGUGAAGAUCCAAAGACCUGUAACAGAACGACCGGCUUCUGUGCUUCUUGCGAGCCGGGUUGGCAAGGCCCAAUGUGUAAUAAAAAUUGUCCCGCCAAAAGGUAUGGCCAGAAUUGUCAGGAAAAGUGUGGAUACUGUGCAGAAUGCGAGGCUGGUAGUCACGGCGAUGACUGCCAGGAACGGCGUGGAAUGUGCGCCGAAGACAAAGCCUGCCACCCAGAGAACGGGACGUGUCCACUAGGCUGUAAGAAGGGGUUCUCUGGAGAUGAAUGCACAAAACAGCUGCAAGUAUUUAGUCAGCGUCCUCGGAGCAAUAUACAGUGGCUUUAGGUGUAGGUGGUGGGGUUUUGGUCCUCACUAUCUUUGCUGCGGCAGUCGUUGUGCUGGUUAUGAGAAGGCGGAAAGCUGCAAAAAGCCAGAAGAAACCUCUAGCAAAUAUGUAAGUUACAACUAUUUUUGGAAAGAUGUCUUGCUUUAAGA